CUUAUUGCGUAAUUUUAUACUGCAUUCUAUACAAUAAUCUUAGUGAAAGUAAUACAAUGGCCCCAAAAAAGAAAAAAGGAGAUGAAGAUAAACCAGCUCAGGUUCAUACUGCGAUCACAGAAGUGGAGAAAACUUUUCUCGAGCUAACAAUUACUGAUUGUAAUCGUAAAAUUGCAAGACUUCGAGCAGCGGUAGACGACUAUGAGGUACGAAACGAAGAACUUCAAAAAGCUUACGACAAACUUGAUGAAGAUCGAGCUGAUAUUAUUGCGUACUUAAAAAAAACAUUAAAUCUUAAAAAUGAAGAAAACAACGAACUUAAGGACAAAGUGAAAGGAUUAGAAGAAACCCGUGAGCUAGAAACAGCUCAAUUCAAAGAAACAGUGAAUGAUUUAGAAAGAAAUUUUACUACAAUGAAAGAUCAACUUACGUCAGAAAAUAAGCUACUAGCAGGAAAACUAAAUACGCUUGAAGAAUUCAGGGCAAUACGUGAUGAUUUAAUGAGAAAAUUUGAAAACCAAGAACAAGCAUUUAAAGAUCAGGAAAUGAAGUAUAAAAGAGUUAUAUAUGAUGCUGAAAAAAAAUUUGUAAUUGGGAAAGAUAAAUUAAAAAAAGAAAUGGAAGCCCGUCUUCUUCAACUAGCUCAAGAUUUUCAAGAUGCUACAGAGUUAAGGAUAGCCGCGUCUACACACCGCGUUAUACGAGAAAAUAUUGCCAUUAAUAAUGAACUUGAUAGUAUUCUUUCAACACAAGCAAAACUUGCAGAACAAAAUGAAAAAUUUAAGGAGAGUGAAAGAGUAGCUCGCAUCUCUAAAGAGUUAGCUGAAGAAGAAAGAGACAAAGCUAUAAAUAAAAAUGUUGUUCAACUUAAAGUGAUCGAUCAGUUAACAACUGCUUUUCAAGAAAUUAAGAAAGAAAAGGCGUUAUCCGAGAAGAAAAAUUAUGAUUUUAAUAUACUUCAAGUAAAAAUUCAGAAACUCACUACAGAAAAUGAAAAUCUAGCUCUACAAGUUCGCAUCUUAGAGCAAAACCUACAUGCUAAAUUGAGUGAUCAAACUAAAGCUGCAGUGGAGGGAUCUAAAGUUAUUAAAGAAUGUGAAAAACUGAAGAAGAUUUUAAAAGAAGCAGCAAUCGCAGUAAAAGCUGCUUUAAAAUUGGAUGAAUGGGCUUCAAUGGAUCCCACCAAAGAAGUUAUGGAUAGACAACUUUUGCUUUCUCGACUUUUAGACAUUUUAUCACAGUAUCGUGAAAUGGAACGAGCUGAGUCUAUAGAUACAUUGGCUUCAUUUGGACGUGUCUAUGAAGAAGGUGAUCUUGGUUUUAUGCCUAAACCUAUUGGAAAAAAAUCUGCUGUUUUAGCUACUACAUCUCUACCUUCGAAAGAGGAUGUGAAAGCAGUAAAAGGUUCUGAGGAGACUAGUGUAGUUUCUACAGCAUCGCUUGGCAGUAUUAAGACUAUUCCUAGCAUAAAACUGAUUCCACCCCUGACUGAACCUCCUCUUAUGCCGAAAGAUAGUCUUCCAUCAUUUAUUACAUCAACAAAAUCAAGUGUUACGUUAUCUGAGGAAGAACUUGAAGAGAUUCCAGAAAGUGAAAUGAGCAUUGGACAAAAAUUGGAAGCUAGUAAAGUAGAGAUUCAAAAGAGUAUACUCAAAGAUUUGCAAUACUCCCAAGGGGUCAUGCAUUCCCAAAUUAAAUUCACUAGCGAGAAAGCUAUAACUUCCAAAUCUACAGUGGCUAUAUUAGAAGAAGGGGAAGAUGAAGAACAUGAAAAAGGAAAAGAGAAAUCAGAAGCUAUAGAAGAAGAUAUUAAAGGUGAGCAUGGCGAAGCGGAGGAAAGAACAGAAGAUGAGGGGAAGGAAACAGCAGGUGAUGAAAAAGAGCCUGAAGACUUACCAGGCGAGACAUAAAUAUUUUUGAAGAUAGUUUUAUUUAAUAUAAAAAUAAUAUUUUUUGAUUACUAUUGAAAUAAAUUAUUUAAAAAAAUUUGGUCCAUCACUCUUAGGAUUAUUUUUAUACUUUAAAGAUCAAAAUAUAGAAAAGCAGAUUACACGUUCAAUAA